ACGUGCAUCAGUGUCCUCGCCCUCAGUUGAACCGUCGAGCUCUCGAACCAACAACCGACAAAAUGACCGAAACCGCUCCAGCCGCCACCAGCGUCCCGACCGCCGCUCCGGCCAAGGCCCCGAAGAAGAAGGCCGCCGCCAAGCCCGCGAAGAAGGCCGGACCCGGCGCCAAGGAGCUGAUCCUGGAUGCCGUGACCGCGUCCAAGGAGAAGAAGGGGAUGUCCUACGUGGCGAUGAAGAAGCAUCUCGCCGCGAAGGGCUACGACGUGGAGCACAAGACCGUGCUCGUCAAACGCGCCAUCAAGAGCCUGGUGGACAGCGGCGCCCUGGUGCAGCUCAGGGGAUCCGGAGCGUCCGGCUCUUUCAAGGCGAAGCCCGCCGAGAAGCCCAAGAAGGCGGCGAAGAAAGCCGUCGCCGCCCCUGCGCCGAAAGCCAAGAAGGCGGUGACCCCCAAGAAAGCGGCCAGGAAGCCCGCGGCCGCCAAGAAGGCAAGGGCGGCCAAGGCGUCCCCCAAGAAGACCGUGAAGAAAGCUCCGGCCGCGAAGAAAGUGCCCGCCAAGAAGGUGCCGAAGAGCCCGAAGAAGGCCACGAAGAAGGCCGCUUCGCCCAAGAAGGCGGUGACCCCCAAGAAGCCUGCGAAGAAGGCGGCGAAGCCCAAAGCCAAGAAGCCCGCGGCCAAGAAACCCGCCAAGAAGUAGACGAGACCGAACUUUACCCAACAACCAAACGGCUCUUUUAAGAGCCAACACCCGCUUCUGAUGAGUCUCAUGACCUCGAGUUAUUAAGAAAUUGAUCCGUUUAUUAUUAUUAUCCAUCAUUUGAUGUACUACAGAUCGAUGAUGUGAAGAUGUUUACUACUGUGAGCCUGAGUGGCGUUCACGAACACUCAGGACUUACUGUUCUCUCAGGGGCUUCGGAAUAGGAUUAGAAUUAUUUAUAUAUUUAUAGCAACAUUUUAUAAGUUGCCACAACAUGUUUCAGUUAUAUAUUUGCUCACUAAUGAUGCUGGUACUAUUGAAUUUAAAAAAAAAUUAUAAAUAUAUUUUAAAGUUUA